AUGACCGUUCUGCAGGCGCGCCACGCCGUGUACGGGGGAGUGCCGCGCCACCCCGUCGGCAUUGACGUCGGAGGGCGCUCGUCCGCCUCCUUCUCCCCCCUCCCGCCCCCCCACUCGCGCGGUCCCCCCGUUCCGCGCAUCCACAGCGCAGACCGCCCCCCGCCGUCUCUCUUCGCGUCUCCGCACGCCACCCCUCCGCGACCCCCGCAGAUCUCCAAGUCGCUCUCGCAAGGCGCCUCCUCCUCCGCGCUUCAAAAUACUCCCGCCUCCUCCUCUCCCCGCGCGACCGCGGCCUCCUCUUCCCCGCGCACCUCCCUUUCCGCCGACCCCUCGUCCCUGUCCUUCCGCCCGCGCGCCCUCUCCGCCUCCUUUGCUGGGCGCGGCGGGGCGGGCGCGCGAGCAACGCUGUUUGGGCACGAGAUGGCGGAGUGGGGGGACGAGGGCGCGGAGGAAGAAGAGCCCGGGGAGUUAGGCACAGGGGCAUGGGCGGGGGAGGGGAAGGGCGGAGGGGCGGAGCCAGGGGAGGGCGGAUUCGGUGGCCAGGCGGACACACCUUACCGCAGGGGCAGGGGGGAGGAGGUCAGUGGCGGAGGGGCGCAGGCAUGGGCGCAGAGUGGCGGGCAGGAGGAGGGCAGUGGGGAGUGGGGGCAGGGCGAGGGGGACGAGGGGGGCGCGCCAGCGGCGACAGCCAGCAGCCCCCCCAACCCCUCCGCCGCGUUUGGGCGCCACGCUCCUGGCUCACCCAUGCGGGGGGCAACAGCCGUGCAGGCAGUACGCAUGGCAUCGGUGGGAGGCGGUGCGGCGCCUGCUGGGGAUGCAGGGGCGGAGGAGGCUGGACGUGGUGGCAGGGCGGAGGGCGGAGCAGCAGAGGGGCGUGAGGAUUCGGAGAGAGGGGAGCCUGGGGAGGGCGUUCAAGCAGGAGAGGCAAACAGAGAGAGCAGUGGGGCGGAGGGUGGAGGCGCAGCGGCGGAGGAGGGGGAGGAGGGGCCAGCAAAGGUGAAGGUGACGCGGCGGCAGUACAUGGAAAUGAAACGCGCUGCAGAGGCCGCUGCUGCUGCUGCUGCUGCUGCUGCCCAGGCCGCUGCACAGACUGGUGGAGGUGGCAGUGGUGGUGCGCCCCCCCCAGCAGCUGUGCCCGCCACCCCGCGGUCGCGCUUCGCUGAGGCCCUGCAGAGCCCGCGCCUGCUGCCAGAGUGGCACGGCGGGCGGGGCAUGGGCGCGGGCAGAGGGGCGGGCAGUGUGCUGGAGAGACGCAAGUCGGGGCUGCGAGGCAAAGCAGCGAGAGAUGCCGCCACUCCUGGUGCUGCUGCUGCUGCUACUGCUGAAAGGGCUUCUAGUGAGGGCGGUGCUGUGGGUAGUGGCAUGCAGGGCGGAAGGGAGGGCAGCCGAGGUGCAGAUGUGGAGGGCAGUGGUGAUGUGAGGCUGGCAGGGAGCGUGGGCGAUGCAGGGACAGGCGAGGUGGGGGGAGUUGAGGAGGGUGAGGGCGAGGUGGUGAAGGAGGCCAGGGAGGGCGGUGGAGAAGCGAGUGCGGAGUUGCCUUGCCUGCCGCCGCCUGACGCCCCUCAAGUCGUGCAGGUGAGCUCACAUGCAUCGCCAUUCACAUGCAUCGCCAUUCACAUGCAUCGCCAUUCACAUGCAUCGCCAUUCACAUGCAUCGCCAUUCACAUGCAUCGCCAUUCACAUGCAUCGCCAUUCACAUGCAUCGCCAUUCACAUGCAUCGCCAUUCACAUGCAUCGCCAUUCACAUGCAUCGCCAUUCACAUGCAUCGCCAUUCACAUGCAUCGCCAUUCACAUGCAUCGCCAUUCACAUGCAUCGCCAUUCACAUGCAUCGCCAUUCACAUGCAUCGCCAUUCACAUGCAUCGCCAUUCACAUGCAUCGCCAUUCACAUGCAUCGCCAUUCACAUGCAUCGCCAUUCACAUGCAUCGCCAUUCACAUGCAUCGCCAUUCACAUGCAUCGCCAUUCACAUGCAUCGCCAUUCACAUGCAUCGCCAUUCACAUGCAUCGCCAUUCACAUGCAUCGCCAUUCACAUGCAUCGCCAUUCACAUGCAUCGCCAUUCACAUGCAUCGCCAUUCACAUGCAUCGCCAUUCACAUGCAUCGCCAUUCACAUGCAUCGCCAUUCACAUGCAUCGCCAUUCACAUGCAUCGCCAUUCACAUGCAUCGCCAUUCACAUGCAUCGCCAUUCACAUGCAUCGCCAUUCACAUGCAUCGCCAUUCACAUGCAUCGCCAUUCACAUGCAUCGCCAUUCACAUGCAUCGCCAUUCACAUGCAUCGCCAUUCACAUGCAUCGCCAUUCACAUGCAUCGCCAUUCACAUGCAUCGCCAUUCACAUGCAUCGCCAUUCACAUGCAUCGCCAUUCACAUGCAUCGCCAUUCACAUGCAUCGCCAUUCACAUGCAUCGCCAUUCACAUGCAUCGCCAUUCACAUGCAUCGCCCGUCACAUGCAUCAGCCUUCAUGUGCAAUCUCCUUCUCUUCCGCCGACCCAUCUUCUACAUGACUUUGAGAUUCGGCUCUUUCAUGACCCCCCAACCCCCCCUCACCACCUUUCAUUCCAUCCACGCCUCCCCACUGCCCCCCCCCCCAUCAGUGUCCGCACUGCUCUCAAGCCCUCGCCGUGCCGCCCAUGCCGCGGCGCCGCAAGCAGGGAGGCACGCAGAAGCUGCGGAGGGAGACGCAGAGGACGGGGAUGGGGCAGUGGAUGGGGCGGCGCGUGUGAGUGGCAGAGAGAGGGAGGGCGAGUGGUGUGGGGCAGCGUGUAGGACGGAAGGGUGGGAGGGGCAGACGGGCGGAGGGGACGGGCAGGAGAUAGAAGGCGAGGGGUGGGUGGGGGGCAGCAUGGGGAGCGAGUGGAGUGGGGGGGCGAGCACAGAGUGGAGUGGGGGAGGGGGCAGUGUUCAAUGGAGCGGUGACAGCGGCAGUGAGUGGGCGGGGGAGCGCGGUGGGGCGAGGGAGGGGGAGAUGUACGAGCGGCGAGUGGUGGUGAACGGUGCGGCCAUCAGCGAUGCAGACGUGCAGCAGGCAGAGCUGCUGGCAGGACCCAUCGACCCCGGAAAUUACUGGUACGACAUGCGAGCUGGCUUCUGGGGAGUCGUGGGUGGGCCCAGCCUCGGCAUUCUGCCUGCGAACAUACCGCAGCUGAGGGAGCCAAUGAGGCGGGACUGUUCAGGGGGGCGCACGCGCGUGCUGGUGAACGGCCGUGAGCUGUGCCAGCGGGACCUGGCGCCACUCACACGGCGGGGCAUGCCAGGGGCAGCGCAGCGGCAGUACACUCUGGAUGCCUCGGGGCAGCUGCGUGACGCCGCCUCCUCCGCCCUCGUCUCCCACCUCGGCCACCUCGCCCCCUCAUUGGAGUCCACGAGAGGCAACGGCAUGUACACUCCCUCGCCCCGCUGA